CCCGCACCCAGGAACAUGAAAGGGUUAACUGGAAGCCGGACCCAGCCCCAGCUGUGUGCGGGUCAUACCUGUGGCCUGUCACCCCCUGAUGACUGCGAGCACCCCCACGACCACAUGCACCAUGGGCCAGAUGUGCGGCAGCCCUACCUUCUCAGCCCGGCUGAGAGCUGCCCCAUGGACCACCACCGCUGCUCGCCCAGGAGCUCCGUCCACUCCGAGUGUAUGAUGAUGCCUGUGAUGCUGGGUGACCACGUGUCUAGUAGCACCUUCCCCAGGAUGCACUACAGUUCACACUAUGACACGAGGGAUGACUGUGCCAUGACCCACACGAACACAAAGGUAAACCGCAUCCCCGCCAACCUUUUGGACCAGUUUGAGAAACAGCUACCCCUGCACCGGGAUGGUUUCCACACACUGCAGUACCAGAGGGCCUCCGCUGCCACUGAGCAGCGGAAUGAGAGUCCAGGCAGAAUCCGGCAUCUGGUCCACUCCGUCCAGAAGCUCUUCACCAAGUCUCAUUCUUUGGAGGGAUCAUCCAAGAGCAACAUCAAUGGGACCAAGAGUGAGAGUCGGGUGGACGACCACCACCACAGCCACCAUUCUAAACACAGCAAAAGGAGUAAAAGCAAGGAGCGGAAGCCGGAGGGCAAGCACAAGUCUGGUAUGAGCAGCUGGUGGAGUUCUGACGAUAACCUGGACAGUGACAGCACAUACCGGACACCCAGCGUGGCCAACCGCCACCACAUGGACCACAUCUCCCACUGCUACCCCGAGGCACUGCAGAGCCCCUUUGGGGACCUCUCACUAAAGACUUCCAAAAGCAACAGUGAUGUUAAGUGCUCAGCCUGCGAAGGCUUGGCCCUGACGCCCGACACCAGGUACAUGAAGCGUAGCUCUUGGUCCACCCUCACGGUGAGCCAGGCCAAGGAGGCCUACCGCAAGAGCUCCCUGAACUUGGACAAGCCCCUGGUCCACCCAGAGAUCAAGCCUUCCCUGCGGCCGUGCCACUACCUCCAGGUGCCUCAGGAUGACUGGGGUGCGUACCCCACCGGUGGCAAAGAGGACGAGAUCCCCUGCCGUAGGAUGAGAAGUGGCAGCUACAUCAAAGCCAUGGGUGAUGAGGAGAGUGGAGAGUCAGACUCCAGCCCCAAAACAUCUCCCAAGGUGACCCUCCGGCCAGAGCCCCUGCUGAAGUCCAUUGUACAAAGGCCACUUGGAGACCACCAAACCCAGAGCUACCUGCAAGCUGCCAGCGAGGUGCCUGUUGGUCACAGCCUGGACCCAUCAGUCAACUACAACUCCCCAAAGUUCCGGUCCAGAAACCAGAGCUACAUGCGGGCCGUGAGCACCCUGAGCCAGGCCAGCUGUGUGAGCCAGAUGAGCGAGGCAGAGGUCAAUGGACAGUUCGAGUCCGUGUGUGAAUCUGUCUUCAGCGAAGUUGAAUCUCAGGCCAUGGACGCCCUUGACCUGCCUGGAUGUUUCCGAACAAGGAGUCACAGCUACCUUCGGGCCAUCCAAGCUGGUUACUCCCAAGACGAUGAAUGUAUUCCCGUGAUGACACCCUCCAACAUGACCUCAACCAUCAGGUCAACAGCAGCCGUCUCCUACACGAAUUACAAGAAGACGCCUCCCCCGGUGCCUCCGCGGACCACCUCCAAGCCUCUGAUUUCAGUGACUGCCCAGAGUAGCACGGAAUCGACACAGGACGCCUACCAGGACAGCCGGGCCCAGAGGAUGUCCCCGUGGACUCAAGAUAGCCGUGGCCUCUACAACUCCAUGGACAGUCUGGACAGCAACAAGGCCAUGAAUCUGGCUCUGGAAACAGCUGCGGCUCAGCGCCAUGCCACUGAGGCACAGAGUGGCUCCACGAGGACCAGUGACAAGGCCAUCCUGGUGUCCAAGGCUGAGGAGCUCCUCAAGAGCCGCUGCUCCUCCAUCGGGGUCCAGGAUUCUGAAUUCCCUGAUCAUCAACCCUACCCAAGGUCAGAUGUAGAAACAGCCACGGAUUCCGACACGGAGAGCAGAGGCCUGCGGGAGUACCACUCUGUUGGUGUGCAAGUAGAAGACGAGAAGCGGCACGGUCGUUUCAAGCGCUCAAACAGCGUCACGGCGGCUGUCCAGGCUGACCUAGAACUGGAGGGCUUCCCUGGUCACAUCACCAUGGAGGACAAGGGCCUGCAGUUCGGAUCCUCCUUCCAGCGACAUUCUGAGCCCAGCACCCCGACCCAGUACGGGGCGCUGAGGACUGUGCGGACGCAGGGCCUCUUCAGUUACAGGGAGGACUACAGGACACAGGUGGACACUGCCACCCUGCCCCCACCCGACCCCUGGCUGGAGCCAUCACUGGACACCGUGGAGACAGGGAGGAUGUCUCCCUGUCGAAGGGACGGCUCAUGGUUCCUGAAACUGCUGCACACAGAGACGAAGAGGAUGGAAGGCUGGUGUAAAGAGAUGGAGAGAGAAGCUGAGGAGAACGACCUCUCGGAAGAAAUUCUAGGCAAGAUCAGGAGUGCCGUGGGAAGCGCCCAGCUGCUCAUGUCCCAGAAGUUCCAGCAGUUUUACUGGCUUUGUCAGCAGAAUAUGGACCCCAGCGCCAUGCCAAGGCCAACAUCGCAGGACCUGGCCGGCUACUGGGAUAUGCUGCAGCUGUCUGUGGAAGAUGUCAGCAUGAAGUUCGAUGAGCUGCACCAGCUGAAGCUCAACGACUGGAAGAUAAUAGAAUCGCCCGAAAGAAAGGAAGAAAGGAAGAUCCCCCCUCCAAUACCAAAGAAGCCCCCCAAGGGGAAAUUCCCCAUCACAAGGGAAAAGUCCCUGGACCUGCCAGACCGACAGCGCCAAGAAGCCCGGCGUCGGCUCAUGGCAGCCAAGAGAGCCGCCUCCUUCCGCCAGGACUCGGCCGCCGAGAGGGCCGACAGCAUUGAGAUCUACAUCCCCGAGGCCCAGACUCGGCUCUGA